AUUUGUGAUGGGCCAGUUCAACACCAAAGAUGGAAAGAGCUUAACGGAAGUGUUCACGGUCUUUUUCUUUUUCAACUUUGAUAGCUGGGCGGGACACAGCAUUUUAACGACCGAAAUAUUGUUGCCUCCUCUUUUAUCAUUGCUCGAAAAUCGGGCUUCUCAGGCUUCAUCAAGUUCAAAUUUCAUAGCUAUUAUUCCAGGCAUGCGGCCACAGACGCGUGCAAAAACUACAGCAUCCGUUCCUACCCAUGACAUUCCAUCGUCAUCUCCUGCACCGGCCACUACUUCUUCGCCAACUCGUGCUACACCGUAUACGCGUUCCAAGGGACCCGCAGCGGCAUCAGCAGAACCGAUUAGCAGUACUAGUACUGCUCAACCUCGCGUUCGUACACCACUGACAAUCCGCCUGCCAAGAGCAUCGCUUGUAGGACAUGGGACGACAUUAUCCAUCGCAAAUAACGUUUCUACAUCGUCUCUUACCGCUUCUGCACCUGCUGUUGGUAUUAAUAUCGGUGCUGGUGCUCCUAUUCCCACCUCAUCCAUACGCACCCCCAUACCUGCACCUACUCCGCGGGUACUUACACCACCUCCGACGUCAUCCAAUGUAUCACAACCUACAUCCACGACCUCUCCGCGGCCUCCUUCAUCUGCGCUGUCACCGGCUAUAACUGCACCAAAACCCACACCUGUAUCAUCCACCCGCUUACCUGCUCCACCUAUUUACACUUUCCCACCACCCCCACCACCUCCAAAUCACGUCGAUGACCCUGCAGAUAUAGCGCGUGUCUCAUCGACCAUACAACUCCCCGCAUCUGUGACAGCUAGUGCUAAUGCAGCAACUCUAUCAGCCCUAUCUGCGCAACCUGCAACAUUAGCAAAUACCUCAGUUUCCGCUUCUCCACGCUGUCCUACACCUCCUUCCUCGUCAUCGCAUACGACACUCUCUACAUCAACAACUCUACGUCCUGUUCAGCGCACGCUAGCAAUGGCUUCUGAGUCGCAGAUCGUCAGCCGACAGACACCUCGGGCACAAUAUCCCACUCCAUCCUCAGCAGGAGCCUUACCUUCUCCGGCUUCUGGCGUAGACAACGAGUCUGAUUAUGCAGGCGAUGCAAUGGAAGUGGAUACAGAAGGCAUUUCAGCGAUGAUGAAUAGUCGCAAUAACUCGACAGCUCCAAAAACAUCAGACAGACAUCGCGAGGCAAAUAAAAAAUACAGGCAGCGGUUGAAGGAAAGAAUAAAAAAUGGCGAGAUUGAUGAACUAGAAGCCGAGAGAAUGAAAGAGAGGAAGCGAAUUAAUGCCCGUAAUUCUCGUGCUCGAAGAAAGCUGGCGAUGCGCAAUGAAGCAGCUAAAGACAAUGGCUCCAUGUCAAGUGUCGAGCCUGGUCCUCUUCUUGCUCCUCGCAUCCAACCAUCACCCGUCGACCCAGCCCCAGGUCCUGGCGACUUCUUACUAUGCCUCCCCGAUACGAAUCCACCAGUGGGAUCUUACUACUCCACGACCUUUCAUGAAAUUCUUACCAAAGCCGACCCCAACAGCGGGAGCAGCGACGGCGCGAGUACCACCCACCCACACUUCGAGCCCGAUAGCCACCACAACUUCGACUUUGAUGUCACCAUGCCCCCUGCUCUCUUCCCACUGACCAAAACCCGAGAUUUCCGCGACGCCUGUACGAUGACGGACCUCGCCCCAGAUUUCUCAAAAGAAAGCGACAUCCCUUCGUCUCUAGAACCCAUCGCCCCCGCCCUCGCCCGUCGUCCCCACAGACAACUCACCCCCGAUCGUCUCCGCGAUUUCGCCACGAACCCACUACAGCUCAUCGACAAAGCCUUCCUCCUCAUCGUCCCUGAUCCAAGCAGCACCCUCGGAAAACUCGUGUUGUGUAAAGUCCUUGAGUACCGGGUGUCUUCUGCUGGACAUCGAUUUCUCGUGCAGUUUUGGGGGGACAAGAAGGCGAGUGAGAUGGGUUUGGAUAGGAUGAUGGAGGUAUUAGAAGGUGGGUACGAGAUUGAUCCUCCACCUGCUGAUCCUAGUGCUGGACCUCAGGGAGCGGGGUUAGCGGGGAGGGUGUUUGGCGCGUUACGAUCGUUUACAGGGUUUUAGACGCGUCCGGGAGGCGUGUUUAUCUCCUUUGUUUCAUUUGUUCGUCUUUUUAUACGUUAUUUCUUCCGAGGCUGUUGUGUGUAUUUACCUUGUUGUUGUGCUACACUUCUCGCGUUGCUUUGGCUGGGGUGGAUAUACUUUUAUCUGCAUACUGUCAUUAUCUUUUUUGUUUGUCAUUUUCUUUUGCUGUUUUGCGCUUGUUACUUGCUUGUUACUUACUAUGUUGUUAUCGUGCUGAUAUUGAUAGUAAUGAUGAGGCAAGUUCCCUUGCAGGCGACGUAGUCUGAUUGGAAUAAGCCCCGAUCACACUACACCGUGACGUCGAC